UUUUCCAUGACAGAAGUCCAAGAAGUGUAUGAAGAUCCAAUUCUUCGUCUUGUACGAGACCCUAAUCUCAAUCGUGAUAAAGAAAAACACAACUCGGUGAUAAGACUCAUAGGAGGAUUUCCAAUAGCUGAACGUAAGGUGAGCCGAUUGUGUCAGUCAACCUUCAGCAUACUCCAGACGUUGGAGAAAACGAAUCUUAUAUUCAGAAGCUGGGAGUUUUUGUCUCUUGAUUUUAAUAGCGAUGGCCAUUUUGAGAUGGAAGACUUGAAAAUGAAAGAUUUUAAUGUUGGCAUCGCAGAGAAAGUCAUGGCUACUUGCAGGGAGUUGAACAAGAAGGUAAACAAGAUAUCGAACGACAUUGACUACAUCACAAAGGCAGCAAGGACUUUGUCUGCAGCUGAUUAUAUCUCAGAUAGUGGAACGUUGUUGGCUUCCCUUGUACUAAGGAAUAUCAAGCUCAAGAAUGAAGUCGUUGAUAAACUCACGGUAUCUUAUCUGAAAGCUACAUUGAUGGUAAUCGGCAAAGAGCUUGAAGAUAUGUUAGAUCAGGGUAGCGAGGACACAACUGUAAUCAGCUAUAAGUCGUUCAUUGUCAACUUGUUGAAACAAUUGAACCAGGCUAUUGAUGACGAGGACAACGAGUCCAAGUACGAGUGUUUGGCUCUAAUCAACGAUAUGGAGAAGAUGUUUGAAACGUUCAAAUUGGAACGGAUCAAAGACCUUGUUAUUCAAGGUGGAAGCUACGACACUGACGGUAACAGUAGCAAGUCAGACGACCAAAAACACCAGACCCUGCUGAGCCAAGGAAGUUCUAGAGGAACUCCACGUAAUUUUGCUUCUGAUGAAGAUUACGAUGAGUAUGGGGAUUUCGACGGUGUCUCUUUCUAUACUCCAACAAAUACACCAUUAGUCCACUCUAUAACGAAAGCUGGCGAUGACCAUAGUCUGAUACACAGGAGAGACUCGUUCUCUUCGCAGUCUACUUCAGGCUUGUUUCCUAAGUCUAUUAGCGAUGAAUUGCCCUAUUUGAUGACAGCAUUCAACUCGGCCAAGAACUUUGAAGAGGACGUCUCUCAUUACCAGGAACAAGAAAAAGAAGAAUCGGAGACAAACGACAAUGAAACAAAGAAGGAAACUUCACCGCCUGCUACAGAUGCUCUGGAUAAGAAGGAAGCUGUUUCAAACUCAGCCAAACACUUCCUUGGUCAUAGCAACCAUUUGCCCAACAUCUCAUUAUAUUCCAACGCCACUAUUCUCCCACAAGUUAGCAACAGACAUCCAACGGUGUCUGCUUCCUCUUACGUGCUUGGAAACAGCACUCUUUUGUCAAAACUAGGCAUAAAACCACAAGUCAUCACAGCAGACUUGCCCCCUUCGCAUUCGACAAGAUCGGCUCAUUCUUAUAAUAAACCACAGCAUACGAGACUAUAUAUUGAAAGCUCGGACCCCGACAAAGACGAUAACGAAGGUAACAAAGAAAACAACGAUGACAGUCAAUUCACUCCAUUGACAAAGGCCAAUCUUGCUUCACAUACCAUCUUGAAGUUGGGUAAUGUGGACCCCAUACCGUUCAAUGAUGUAGAGUAG